GGCAGGUCAAGCAGUCGCCGCCGGAAAACAAAUCAAAAAAAUCAGUUUUUUCUUACAAUCGGCUCCUCCUUCGUCUCCACCUUCUCAAUCCAAUCAAAUCGGAGGGAGUUCGAGCUCGCCGGCCUAUAAAUACCCCAAGCCGGCUUCGGCCGGCUCGAAGAAGGAAAUUUCCAGUUCCCGAUGCCCCCGCCGCCGUCGCAAGCUGGGAAGGAGUGGGAGGAGGGGACGGGCGAGAGCUCGUCGCCGCCCAGGUCCUCCAGCGGCCACCACGACCUACGGCACAAGAUAUUCGAGCGCCUGGCCGGCAAACAGGGGAAGUCUGAUCCUUCGUCGUUCUGGGUCAAGCUCUGCGCGCACUUCGACAGGCUGCCGGACAGGUACCUGACAGACUUGGGUGUGGACAAGGCCGAGGACGUGCUGCUCCACCGGAGGGUCCUCGACGAGGUCCAGAACGGCAACCUCCCCGUCUUCGAAGCUCGCUUCAUAGAGUACAUUCAAGUUCAACCGAAAUCCGAGGGUACCUAUCCUGACUGUGAUGAUCCAACACAAAGGUUAUUACUAGAAGACCUCACUUUGGAGAGGAUACAUGUCGCCGACACCACGGUCUCUAUGUCUUCCCCAUCAAGGGAUUCAGGACCUAUCCUUGUUCAUGAGAUCAUCUUCUCUUCCUUCGACAAGCCCAAGCUCCUUAUGCGGCUGACUUCAUUGCUAUCUGAAGUCGGACUCAAUAUUCGUGAAGCUCAUGUUUACUCCACAACUGAUGGCUUUUGUUUGGAUGUUUUUGUUGUUGAUGGGUGGGACACAGAGGAUACAGGUGCGUUGAUCGCGACAAUCAAGGAAAAUCUAAAACAAAAAAAUGGAGCAUCAUCUAACUCAGCAAGUACUUCAUCCUCGGGGAAAGUACUUGAGCUACGACAACAGGUUGGAGAUUGUGAAGUCGACUGGAGCAUGCUAACAAUGACGGAAAAGAUUGGGUCUGGGUCUUAUGCGGACUUAUAUAGAGGAACAUAUGCUGGUUAUGAUGUUUGUAUAAAGGUACUCAGAAUCACACAUUUCGACAGCCCUUCAGAAGUUGAGUUCUUGCAGCAAGCGCUCAUUCUAAGGAGAGUUAAUCAUGAAAAUAUCCUUAAAUUUUAUGGGACAUGCACAGGUCGUCCAAAGUGGUUUGGCAUUGUAACAGAAUACAUGCCUGGAGGGAAUUUAUAUGACUUUCUACACAAGCAAAAUGGUGUUUUAGGCCUCCUUGUGAUUCUAAAGACUGGUAUCCAAAUCUCAAAAGGAAUGGAAUAUCUGCAUCAGAAUAGCAUAAUUCAUAGAGAUCUGAAGACUGCAAACAUUCUCAUAGGCCAAAAUCAAGUUGUGAAGAUUGCAGACUUUGGUGUGGCUCGACUUGGUAGUCAGGAAGGACACAUGACUGCUGAAACUGGAACUUACAGAUGGAUGGCACCCGAGAUUAUUAACCAUAUGCCUUAUGAUCACAAAGCAGAUGUAUUCAGCUUUGCUAUUGUUCUAUGGGAGUUGGUUACAUUAAAGAUCCCUUAUGAUAACAUGACACCCUUGCAAGCCGUAUUGGGAGUAAGGCAGGGAUUACGCUUGGAGAUCCCACCAGGCACGCACCCGGGAUUGUCGGAACUGAUUGAACAGUGCUGGGAUGAAGAUCCUGACGAACGACCAGUUUUUGCGGAGAUCACCGUCCAACUCGAGGACAUCCUACACGAAGUUCAGCCGCCCAAGGUAGCCCAUCGACGUUCAAAAGGAAAAAUGCAAAAGAAAUAUAGUGAUAGAGCGAAAGAAAAAAACAGAGGACUAUCCUAGUAGCUUGGGACAUCUCCCCAGUUCCAAAAGGAUGCCGUUGCGUGUGAUAAGGGUUUGAAUGCCUGGCAACGUGUAGUUCCUUUCCGGUCGAAGAUGAUGUAUGUACAGGUAUGCUGAAGCUGAAGAAAGCAUCAAGGGCAUCGUCUUGGGAUAAAACGUGCUGGACUCUUUGUGUACAUACGAAAGAAUAAAAGGACCAUACGUAUUAUGGGGAGGAAUUAAGAGCAGAAAGGGGAUAAAUUUUGAGAAA